CCGCACCACCGUCUCAACCCUGCGUCCCAGUAUUGCUGUCGCUGCAUCCGCCGACUGCUAGCUUCGUUGACUCCAAACACAUCCGCAAUGCGCGUCACGCGAGCGGCGUCGCGCGCGGAGCAUGUGCACCACGCCGACGACGACGCCAACGACGCGUCUAUCCCGCAUGCCGACCAAGACCGCGUUCCAUUGGGUGAGGUCUCCGCUAAUACCGUCUUCGACCCCGACAACACAGACGCCCCGGCUAAGAAGAUAGCAGCAAAGAAGGGGAAAGCUAAGAGCACUGCGAAGAAGGGCGCAAAGGGGAAGAAGGCCAAGACUACGCAAGAGGAGGAAGCCGAGGACGUAGACACGGCGCCAGCUGACGAGGAUCAGUCUCAACCCGCAGAGAGACCCGUGAGCGAUGCCGGAGUCGAUGAGCGAGCAGAGGAUGCCACCGCUGAUGCGGCCCAAGCUCCCGUCAUCGAGGAGCCGCCUGCGACCUCUCCUUCGCGACCUGUGCGCAUGACCCGUCGGCAAUUGGCCAAGCAGGAGGAAGACUUCUCCAAGUCGCUUCGAGCGCGCGAUCCUCCCGAGCUCGAAGCAGUCGAAGAAGACACAGUUGCCGCUGCGCAGGAAAUCUCAUCAUUCAAAGUACGCGAAGCGCUCAAGGACAAGCCUGAAGAAAAUAUCGCUCUGUCGUCGCAAGAGCAGACCGAAGCAGGCGAAGAGCAAGUCGUUGAGCCACAAGAUGCCGUCCUCGAGCCACCACAGGAAUUCACUGAGCAACUCACACAAGUCCAAGAACAACCCGCCACAAUCCCUCAAGAGAAUGAUCAAGAUCCUGCAACCCCUACGGUGGAAGAGCAAGCGCUUACGAACGCCGAUGUCCCCGAACAAGACGUGGGAACGCCCUCUCUGGAAGUAACUGAGCCUGAGCCCAAAGUUUUAGCAUCCGAAAAGCCCGUUGAUGAAGCUGCAACCCCAGCAACCAGUGUUACACCCAGCCGAGCCAUCUCUCGAAGCUCCACGAGGUCUGCCUCCAGGACACCUAUGCGCUUGGAAGAAUCGAUUAGUGCGAUCGACGACCUUGAGGAGGCUCUGGAGAAUGUCGGAAGGUCAAUGCCAUCCUUUGAUCAACUGGCCGAUGACAAGUCCCCUAGAAAGGCAAGAUUCAGCCGAACUGCAAGUCCAGGCAAGCCCCCACGGCAGACGGGUCCACGGACUUCAAUGUCUCCCAAGGUCUCAAGGAACCCAAGCUUAGGACCAAGGUCAAUGAAGUCGACUGGUCUUUCCAGGGCGUCUAGUGUACGCGCACCUCUCAAAGAAAGAACCGGAUCUGGAGAGACCACGGACUAUUUGGCGUCAAAACGUAGGCCCAUCAGCAUGACCUUUGCGCCUCCGCCACCCCCAGCCAAGUCGAACAAAGCACCCACGACCUCAGACUUCCAGCUUCCUGGCGAGAGGAUAGCUGCAGAAUUGAAGGCCAAGAAAGAAGAACGAGUGAAGCGUAUGGCGGAAGUAGGACCGGCGAAAGCGCGACCUAUCAGCAUGCCCCCACCCCCUAAGUCAACCAAACCACCGACAAAAUCAGAUUUCCAACUUCCUGGUGAAAGGAUAGCAGCAGAGCUUAAAGCGAAGAAGGAGGAACGUCUCAAGCGAAUGGCCGAAGGGGAUGCAUCCGCACCUCGUCAGGUCAGCCUUCCUCCGCCGCCGAAGUCAUCGAAACCUCCCACCGUGCCAAAAUUCCAGCUGCCAGGCGAGAAGUUCGCAGCAGAGAUGAAAGCACGGAAGGAGGAGCGCCUCAAGCGCGAGGCAGAGGAGGCCGAAGCUGCAAAGAAGACUGCCUUCAAAGCACGCCCAGCACCGGCACGGAAACCAGUCGCCGCUCCUGUGCGUCAGACCGCAGCAAGUCAGGCCCGAGAACGUAUAAUGAGCAAAGAGAACACGUCUGGUCCGACUAUCCAGCCUCUACAGCGAUCAAGCUCCGUCACUACGAACAAGCGUGCCAGCAUUGUGCAGGCACGCUCCGUGUCAACGUCGUCAUCGAACCGCAACAGCGUCAUUGGCAAUCCCGGUGCGGCGAAGCUGGCCCCUGCAGAUGCUGUAGUGUUCAAGAACAAAGGCCGUGAAGUCUUCAACAGGGACAGGCUUGAGAAAGAGGCACGGGAGAACGAGCGUAGAGAGAAGGAGGAGGCGGCGAAGCGGGCGCGUCUUGAGGCGGCGGAGCGCGGACGUAUCGCGAGUCGCGAGUGGGCGAAGAAGCAGCUGGAAAAGAGGCAGGGGGAGGCUAGGCGGGCGAGGGAGACUACGUCGUAGGCACACACUGGGAGUAUUUGCGUAAGAGCUGGUGUUUAUUCUUGCUGGAAGACUGAGACAGACUUUGGUAUAUAUUUUUGGUUUGGAACCUGGUCAAGCGUUUCUUGGGCUGGCGUUGCUGCGUGUUUGGAUACCGCAUGGUGCUGGGUGCACUUGAAUUACUUUAACCGCACCUUUCUGCGCGGUCUCCUAGCUUCUCUGGUC